UUUAUCUGGAGUUUAUUAAAAAUAUUUAGAGAAUCAGAACGGGAGCGGAAAAAUAUUCAGGAUUGAUCGCGGGACGAAAAUUCACCAGAAAGACCGAAAUCGCACAAAUCAACCGGGAAGCUCGAGGUGGCCCUAUCUGAGAGAUCAGGACGUGCUGUCCUUCAUCCAAGCAUCUUAGUGUCUCCGUAGCACGACAUGUCUCCGCAGGAUGAAGCCUCACAUGCAGCAUGACACCCAAAGCACGACAUGGCAUCGUCUUGACACCCAGAGGCCCGUGUGUCGCGAUGCAUGAGCUCCAGCCAUGCUGAAUGACAUCUGGACGUGGUGCUGGCUUCUGGCAUGCAGAGGAGUCAUGCAUGGUGACAUUUGGACGCCCGUGUGUCGCCGCGCAUGCGACUGGAAGCAUGCGGGACGACACAAAGGCGAUGGAGUGGCACCAUUUCAAUGGUUGGCCAUAUCUAUAUAAACCCAGCUCCCCCAGCUCGUUUCAUUCAUUCCACACACUCAAACAUCACUCUAAAACUUGGGCUAGAGAGAGAAAGUGAAGUAGAAAAAGGAAGUGAAGGAUUUGGAGUUGUUUUGAAGAAGUUAGAGCAUUUUUAAGAGCCAUUGUUCUACCGAAAGUCCAAGAAGAAGAUCCAGAAGUCCGAGGAGGUUCUGUCCAAGUCCUGAUUCGUCCAUACCAGUCCAUUGAAGACAGAGGCCUUGGGUUUUGGCUAGGCUCUCUCCGAUCAACCAGCUGCAAGAACACUGUGAGUUGGUUUGUUUGAGUUCCACUUGGAACUUAGGAUAGAUCGAGUUGCAUAUAGAGUAGAAAUAUCACACUGAUGCAUGAUAGAGUCCUAGGGUUAUUUUUAUUUAUGAAUUGGACUCAGUUUAGCAUGGGCUAAGCUGAGAUAUAGGCCGUGUUCGUUUGCUGGUCGCUAGCGUCAGCGACCAAGUUCAGCGACCAAACGCUGUUCGUUUACCGGUCGUGAGUUCAGCGACUGAUCUCAGCGACCAAACGCUAGCGAUCAGCGAUUUAAAAUUUUGGACGCUGGAAAUUUCAGCGGUGCGACCAAAAUCGUGCGACUAGAAAUUUUUUUUUUUUUUUUUUUUUGAACACUCGAAAAAAUAAAAAAAAACUUAAAAAGACAAAACUACCCUAAAUAUAUUUACAGAAUCACAAUACAUUGCCAUUAACCCUAAUACAAACUCACGCCAAAAAAAAAAACCAGAAACUUCUCUCUCUCUCCCCGAUCUAUUUCCUGCGGCCAUACUUCUCUUCUCUGCUCAAGCUCUCUUUCUCUCCGAUCUAUUUCCGGCAGCCACAGAGAACCUUCUCUGCUCAAGGUUGGACAUAAAUCACAACAAGACAAGAUAAGAAGAAUGGCUGAUGAUAAAUGGACCGAUGAAGAAGUUAGGUAUUUCUUUGCUCUUUAUGCUGAUGAGAAAAAGAAAGGGAACAGACCAAGGAGUGGCAUGAAUCUAGCUGGAAGAGAGUUCAUCGUAAAUAAGUUUGAAGAGAAAUUUGGUAAGAGAUGGAUAUGGGACAGGUUUAAGAACAAGGUUGAUAUUAGUAGAAAAGCAUAUGUCAAGUUCAAGAAGCUUACCCACAAUAGAACCGGGCUUGUCUAUGAUGCUUUGGGAAGGUUGGAGAUGUCGGAUGCUUGGUGGGAUCAACGCAUUGCGAUGGUUAGGUGGUACUUGGAUGAUGAUGAUGAGGAUGAUGAUUAUGAGGAAGAGCAUGAAGUUGAUGUGCUUAAGCCAGAGAGAUUGCUUCAUAGAACAGAUCGAGGUGCUGGAUGGAAUCAUGUUCAGCAGCUUAUGCACGGGUCAGAUCAACAGUGCUAUGAUAUUCUUCGCAUGAAUCAGAGGACAUUUCAAGAUCUGUGUAAGAUGUUAGCAACGAGAUAUGGGUUACAAGAGACGUUGAAUGUCUAUAUUGAAGAAGCGGUUGCAAUGUUCCUUGAAGUGGUGGGUCAAGAUAAGACAGUACGGGUUAUUGCACAAAGAUAUCAACGUUCGUUGGAUACAGUCAAAAGGAAACUUGGUGAGGUUUUGAGUUCUCUCUUGAAAUUUGCUGCAGAUACACUAAAACCAGAAGAUGGUGAGUUCACAAGAGUAUGUCCUGCUUUGAGAAAUGAUGAUCGAUACUGGCCAUUUUUUAAAGACUGUAUUGGAGCAUUGGAUGGAACUCAUAUCUCAGUCCGCCCUCCUAAACGAAAUGCAGAAGCAUACAGGGGCAGAAAACAGGAGCCAACCAUGAAUGUCCUUGCUAUAUGUAACUUUGAUAUGAAGUUCAUAUAUGCUUAUGUGGGUGUGCCGGGUAGAGCCCAUGACACAAAGGUAUUAACUUAUUGUGCGAGGAAUGAGCCUUUUUUUCCACAUCCGCCAAAUGGAAAGUAUUAUUUGGUUGAUGCUGGAUAUCCCACAAGAACAGGGUAUCUUGGUCCGUAUCGUAGAGUUCGGUAUCAUCUCGAUCAGUUCAACAGAGGAGGACCGCCAACGAACACUCGAGAGGUGUUCAACCGGAGACAUUCAAGCUUGCGAUCAGUGAUUGAGCGGACAUUUGGAGUGUGGAAAGCAAAAUGGAGAAUUCUUGACCGUAGGCAUCCAAAAUAUGGUUUGAUCAAAUGGAUAAAGCUAGUGACGGCAACGAUGGCUCUACACAACUUCAUACGUGAUUCACAUCGAGAAGAUAAUGAUUUUGUGCAUUGGCAGAGAAGAGAAGAAUAUCAUACUCAUGGUGAUAAUGAUGAAGAAGAAAGAGAUGAAGAGGAAGAUGAAGAAGAAGAAGAAGAAGAUGGUGAUGGUCAUGGUGGACAUAUUCCAUAUGAGCCGACUGGUGAUAGAGCCAUGGAAGGUUUACGUGAUCAUAUUGGUAAUGAGUUGAGUAGAGGAUAUCGAUUACCUUAUUAGUUUAUUUGAUUUGAAUUUGUACUGAUUAUUAUUAUAAGUUACUCGUAUGAUCACUCAUAAACAAAAGUGAACUUGUACAAGGAAAAAUAUAAGAAAUUGAAACGAUUAAACAUAUUGCAUCCAUGGUGUGAUUUAUUACACUUUACAGUUUUAAUGAUUUA